AUGCGCUCAUGUCGAUUAGCAUCUUUGGUUCGAUUAUCUGUGGUGAUAGGAUUUAUCGCGCUGUUAUUCCUUCUAUAUUUUUGCGUGAUUCUACUAUCUGAGGAAUUUCAAACUCGGUUUGAAGAAGAGUAUGUUGAAAUCUUUUUCUUUAACAUAAAUAUUUUUUGCAGUUAUGAUAUUCCCCAAGUUACCCCCCGAUCUCAUGUUUUAUGUGUUAUAGUGCCGUACCGAGAUAGGUUAGAAGAAUUGACGCAAUUUGCUCCUUAUAUGGGAAGGUUAAUUUUUUUUUUGGUUUCAUGAAACAGCAAAAAAAGGAAGAUUGCAGUUUUUUAAAGUCUCAAAAUGUUGAACAUAUUAUUCUUGUGGUCAACCAAACGGAUAGUUUACGUUUCAACAGAGCGUCUUUGAUAAACGUGCGUUUCACUCAUUAAGUUUUUGGUUUUAAUUGUGACUGUAGGUUGGAUGGAAUGAAGCUGAUCGUUUGGGUUGUGACUACAUGGUGAUGAACGACGUUGAUUUGUUACCCGUCAACCCUGAAAUACCAUACGGAUUUCCAGGAAUCGGCACUAUUAGGCACAUUACUUCACCGGAGUACCAUCCCAAGUCAGUUUUUUUCCCUAAUAAGUUUCAUGGCAGAUGUGAAUUCCUCAACUUUGCUAGCUACUCGUUCAACCAGUUCUAAAGUGCAUUUUCAGAUUACACGUUUUUAACUUGCUAACCCCAUUUUCAGUCCUAGCUUUCAAAAAAAAAAAAAAAAAAGAAGAAUAAUAAUAAGAACCUUUAAAUUUUGUACAUAUUGAAAAUUCAACGGAAUUCAAAGCAGUCAAUAUUCAUUUAUUUAAUUCCUUUCAAUCAUAAGUCAAUAACAAAAAAAAAUCAAAAUUUUACAAAGUUUUUUUUUCUCCCCACGUUUUUCUCUCUCACGGAAACGAUGAAAAUAGUUUACAGAUACAACUAUAGCAAAUUUAUUGGUGGCAUUUUGAUGUUGACCAUGGCAGAUUACAAAUUAUUGAAUGGAAUGUCGAACAAAUAUUGGGGAUGGGGCCUUGAAGACGACGAGUUCUACUUACGAAUAAGGUUUAGCACCAUUUUAGCGGUGUAACCCGUCAUUUUUCAGCGAAAGUGAUUUGAGACUGACACGUGUGAGUGGUUUGACCACGAAUCGUUCCAAUACAUUUCGACAUCUUCAUGGACCCGAACGCAAGAGAGAUUAUUCCAACAGCAACGAUAAAGUUCAGCGUGCGUUCAAAAGACAACGCGACCGGGUAUGCCCGAUAUAAUACAUCGCUUCAACUUUUGACGCUCUCUUUUUUUUGUGUCAGUUUAUUAGGUUUACUAGGGGGAAAAUAUAUUAUAGAUCCAGAAGUAAUGAAAAGGAAGAAGCAAAACAUAUUUUUCAAUAUUCAGAUGGUUAUGUUGUCGUCAUGAAAAAAAAGGGUUUUAUCAAAUGAAAGAACAGACUUUGGCGCUCCAUAGCUUGUGUGCCAUAGCGCCACAGCUUGUGUGCCUUUCUACGGUCCACAGGGUCACAAGUUCGAUCCCCGCCUCGACCCAACCAAGGGGUUAUUAUAAAUGUUGGUAGUGGGAAACCACUCAAGCUCAAUACUUUUAGUGUUAUUUUCGAGUUGUAACAAGAACUCCGUAUUAUUUUAUGUUUUUUCUUCAGUGCAGGGCAAAAUUUUGUUUUGAACUGACAGAGAGAACAUUUUUAUUACAUGAUCCGAGGUAUUCACUCGUUUUCAAAAUGUCAAAACGAUACAAUGAGGUUGUUUCAUAAGUCCUUGGACUUUGAGGGUGGGAAGCCAUCGACAUUUGUUAUACAGUUAUAUUUCUUUACUAUUAUUACGAGCACAUUCUCUAGAUAAGGUAGCUUCUUUGUUUUUUUAUUCUGUAGUAAAGCUGGAAAAAAAGCGGUCUGUUUAGAGCUCGAAAAAUUUUUUUCAGUAAUUAUUAUUUUUUUGUACUUAUUUGUGAGAAAAAAAUUUAACUGACAAACUGAGUUUUUUUAACAGAAAUAUCAUGUAGAUCUGUGCUUUCGGGAAACAGCUGACGUUUGGAACCAGCUAGUGGGAGAAAAAAAUUUUAAUUUUCUCGAGAACCGGAUCUUUAAAAAAAGAUAAUAGAGUGGUUUUUUUCCUUCUCCAAAAAAAUCCGGGGUGAUGCUAAUCGAUUUUAAAGAUCUUGCAAAAAGUAUGUGGAGUCCUAGAGAUUUUAAAAUAUUAUGCAAGGUAAUUUCCAUUGAUUUGAUGAACCCUGAAAAUUUAAAAAUUAAUUUUUCAUUUUUUUUUUCGAAAUGAAAGGCCUAAUUGAGGCAUAAUUUUGAAUUCGAAUCUUUCUUUUCAAUAAUCCUCGGUUCCAAAUAAUUCAUGAUUUUGGGUGAUAAUAUGGAUUACAUCAUUGUUAUUAUUUAUCAGUCAGAAAUCCUGACGCUGCAGAAAAUAGUGUUCCAAGUAAAAAUCGCAAAAAUCUACAGAUUACUACUCUUCUCAGAAAAAAUUUCGAAAAGUGUCCAAAAAAAUAGUUUCAAGACAACAAAACGGAUGAAUUUUUGUUAUGAAAACGCUGAAAAUUGCAGAUUUCGGGACUGAAAGAUGUGAGUUACAAAAUUGCUACGAGAAGAGCGAUGAAUAUUCAAAAUAUCACUUUUCAAGUUAUUGAUGUAGAGCUGAAUUGUGAUAUUUCAUGGACUCCUUAUUGCAAAUUAUAG